UCGUGUGUUUGUAUUUCGUGGGUCGUCGAGAAUUUCUACAAAAUUCCAGAAUACGUCAUCCGCUUCGACGGUUCACGGAAGAACGAUGAACGGAACGAUGGCCAUGACACCAACAUCACAAAACAAUAUGGAGGUACCAGCGAAGAAGAUGAAAGCAGAAGAUGUUACAGCGGAGAGACAGUACAGAAUCCGUGGCCUACGACUGAGCUGUGAUCAUGAGCGUGCGCCAAACAAAGAAAGAGAACGCUACAUUCGUUGAAAGAACAAAUCAGAGUUUAACAAACUCCCACUGAUACUGCAUCUAUUGCCGAGCACCAAAUAUGAUGCAUACUUUAGAUAGAUUUGUGCGUCGCCUCAAUCUCGGAUAAUUUGCGCACAACCGUCAUUGCUCAGCCCAGAACACGUUUGGAGGACGGUUUUAUCAUAGCAGCUUCUGGCACGACGUCAUGGAAAUGCGUCAGAGUUCUUAUCAGGCCCUAUAUAUGAUAUCAAUCAAAUAGGUCAGGUCAUUGCUGGACCUGGCGCUAAGUAUCUGACACUGCCUGGAAUAUUAGGAGCUGGUCUACCAAAAAUCUCAUCCGAACAACAAGAUACAGUAAAUAGGGCAAAGAAAUAUGCAAUGGAACAAAGCAUCAAGAUGGUCCUAAUGAAGCAGACAUUGGCUCAUCAGCAACAGCAAAUGGCUAGUCAACGGAAUCAGGUGCAAAGACAGCAGGCUCUCGCCCUCAUGUGCAGGGUUUACGUGGGCAGCAUCAGUUUCGAAUUGAAAGAAGACACGAUCAGGCAAGCUUUCUUGCCAUUUGGACCGAUCAAGUCCAUCAACAUGUCUUGGGAUCCCGUUACGCAGAAGCACAAGGGCUUCGCCUUUGUCGAAUACGAGAUACCCGAAGCCGCACAACUCGCUUUGGAACAAAUGAACGGUGUCAUGAUCGGUGGCCGCAACAUCAAGGUUGUAGGACGUCCGUCCAACAUGCCACAAGCGCAAUCGGUGAUCGAUGAGAUCACUGAGGAGAGUAAACAUUACAAUCGUAUAUAUAUCGCAUCGAUACAUCAAGAUCUGACCGAGGAUGAUAUUAAGUCAGUUUUUGAGGCAUUCGGGCCAAUCACGUAUUGUAAACUCGCGCAGGGCAGUUCACCGCAUCGACAUAAGGGUUACGGAUUCAUCGAAUACGAGACUAUGCAGGCCGCGUUAGAGGCUAUUGCUUCCAUGAAUCUAUUUGACUUGGGUGGUCAAUAUCUAAGAGUAGGCAGAGCCAUAACACCACCGAACGCGCUCAUGGGACCGCCUAGCGGCACCAGCAUGAUGCCGACCGCGGCUGCAGUAGCCGCAGCAGCUGCAACAGCGAAGAUUCAAGCGAUGGAUGCUGUCGCCAGUAACGCAGUAGCGUUAGGUCUCACUAAACUUGGAGCUGCAGCACCACCGAUUCUAAAUCAGGCACUUCCUGGCGUAGUACGACCUACUAUAGCACCCGCGACAAUAAUGGCACCACCAACGGUAGCAACGGUAGCGCCAGUGAUACCUCCACCUGGCAUAGCCAUACCACAGACUUUAACGCGACCACCCGCCAUUAUCCAACCGAUUCCUGGUCAACCAGUCGUUAUACCACCUCCAGCUGUUGUCGCUCCUACAAUCGUCGGCACACCAGUCAUACCGGUUACAACAACCGCGAGUUCCGACAUUAUGAGACGAGCGCAGGAGCAAGCGGCUCAUCAGAAACAGCAAGAGGAAUUACAGAAGAAGCUAUUAGAAGAAACGGAACCGCAAACGUUGCAGCAACAGGAAAAUAUGUCGAUCAAAGGCCAGAGCGCGCGUCAUCUCGUUAUGCAAAAGCUUAUGCGUAAGGUCGAAUCCCGUGUAGUCAUCCUAAGAAAUAUGGUGGCGCCAGAGGAUGUGGACGAGACCCUGCAGGAAGAGAUUCAAGAUGAAUGCUCCAAAUUCGGUGUAGUCGAGCGCGUUAUUAUUUAUAAGGAAAGACAAUCCGAGGAUGAUGAAAACGCGGAAGUUAUCGUAAAGAUAUUCGUCGAAUUCUCCCAAAUGAGCGAAGCGGAACGUGCAAGAGAUUCAUUAAACGGUCGAUAUUUCGGUGGAAGAUUGGUUAAAGGAGAACUAUAUGACCAGGCCCUAUUUGACAAUAGCGAUUUUUCUGGUUGAUGUGUCUGUUGAUUAUCUCAUAUUAAGUUUCUAUCAAUUUCAUCCGUAUAAAGGGAAUUCCAUAUUUAAUGAUCAACACUGUGUGAAUUUUACUAUUAAACUACUAUUUGUAAUUGACAUCUCUUAGCUAUGCGUUGAAUAGUAAAAGCCAGAAGUUAUCACUAUUCUAACAAUAAAUACGUAGUGAUUAAAUUGCAAGAUGUAGGAAUCGCACAGUGUAACUCUGAGGAGAAAAUAAUUUUAAAGAUUGAUCAAACGAUUUAGAGCAUCUGCAUACAUUUGCGGUUUUUUUUUUGUAAAAUGAAUCAUAUUGAUUAAGUUAUUGUUUCCAUAAUUGCAAUCACACAGUCAACUGCAGUUUCAAAUGAUAUAGGUUUUCCAGAUAAAUAUUUCAUACAUUAGCUCCAUUAUGUAGUAUCAAUGUUAUAAUUUCAACGUAAAUUAAUAUUAUAUAGGAAAGCGCGAUAUAUCUUAGUUUACAUGUAUAGAAAUAAUAGAAUAUUAAAAAAUUGUUUUACAUAUAUAUAUAUAA